GUGCACAGUUUUGUCUUGUUGCAGGCUGGUUUUGUUUGCUUGGCUAUGCAGUCCUUCAUUUUAGUAUAAAUAGGGAUGGCUUUAUGAAAAUAAGUCACUUUCCCACUUAAGUAUAAUUAUUAGGGCAACAUAUUCACAACACACCACUCUUGCUUUGCUCUCUCUUUUGAUCCAGGAGGAAUCAAUGACUCAGCCAAUCACAAGAUGUUUUCAUUUCACAAUGGAGGAGUACAGAUUUCUUGCAAAUAUCCAGAGACUGUCCAGCAAUUGAAAAUGCAGUUGUUGAAAGAGAGAGAAGUCCUCUGUGAUCUCACUAAGACAAAGGGAAGUGGAGACGUGGUUUCCAUCAAAAAUCUGAAGUCCUGCCCAUAUCGGCUGUCCAACAACAGUGUCUCUUUUUUCCUAAACAACCUGGACAGUUCUCAAAGCAGCUAUUACUUAUGCAACCUGUCGAUUUUUUACCCACCUCCUUUUCAAAACAAAAUCCUGAGUAGAGAAUAUUUGCAUAUUUAUGAAUCACAGCUUUGCUGCCAGCUGAAGCUCUGGUUGCCCAUAGGAUGUGCAGCUUUUGUUGUGGUGUACAUUUUUGGAUGCAUAUUUAUCUUCUGGUUUGCAAAAAAGAAGUAUGGAUCCAGUGUGCACGACCCUAAUAGUGAAUACAUGUUCAUGGCGGCAGUCAACACAGCCAAAAAGUCUAGACUUGCAGGUGUGACCCCAUAAUCUGGAACACUGGCACCCAUGGAGGAACCGCACUGACCAGUUCCCCCUGAAACUUGAACUGAGAAAGUUUAUUUUCUAGACCACAGGACAUCUGACUUGAUUUGACUACAGGCUUCUUCUGCUGUUGUUCUGUUGGUCUGGAUCAGCGACUACCAGUGACUCAGAAUUUUAGCAGACUGCCAGGGGACUGUUGAGUUCUCUUAAGGCAAACCCCUUCUUAUAGAAGGUCCAGCUCACGUGUACUUAACAAACAGACCUCGCUGGGAUAGA